UAACUAUUUGACAUUUAGACUAUUUCCGUUGUAAUCUGAAGCCUAUGGUCGAGGGAGCGAUCGAGAGCGGAAUGUGGGUUAAUGGCGAGAGCCCAGUCUUGCAGCUCAGCAGUGAAUCAAAACCAUAGCCUCAAUGAAUGGCAAGAUUUUCCAUGCGGGAACUUACUCGACUCAGAAGCUCCGUUCUCUUUCAACCCACCUCCAAAACCAACCUCUCUCGGCCCAGAUUUUGCUCUUCCUCUGUUCCCCUUGAAAAGACUGCUACUUCACUUUAUCAGCGAAGGUGUAUACUCGAAACAUGUCAAAAUAUGAGGCAGUUGCUGCAAAUCCAAGCUCAUUUUAUCACUUCGGGUCUCUUCCACAACCCCUUCUGGGCAGGCAGAAUUCUGCAGUGCUCUUCGGAUUUCGGGGAUUUAGAUUACACUAUUUUAAUUUUCCGAUAUAUAAAUUGGCCAGAUAGGUUAUGUAUUAAUACUGUCAUCAAGGCUUACUCUAAUAGUUGUGUUCCGUUCCAGGCUAUGGUGUUCUAUUUUGAAUGGUUGAGAAAUGGGUUUUUGCCUAAUAGCUAUACUUUUGUACCACUUGUUGGGUCUAUUGCGAAGAUGGGUUGUUUUAAAUCCGGGAAGAAGUGUCAUGGGCAGGCCGUUAAGAAUGGAGUUGAUAGUGUGUUGUCAGUUCAGAACGCUUUGAUUCAUAUGUACGGUUGUUGUGGGGCCGUUGACCUUGCUAGUAAUGUGUUCGCUGAAAUGUCCAACAGGGAUUUGGUGUCGUGGAAUUCAGUCCUCUAUGUAUACUCUAGACUUGAUGAUUUGGGCAUUGCUCAUCGGUUAUUUGAUAUAAUGCCUGAACGAAAUGUGGUUUCUUGGAAUAUUAUGAUCAAUGGGUAUUUGAAAGGUGGGAACCCUGGGUGUGGAUUGAAGUUGUUCAGGGAAAUGGUUAAGUUCGGAUUGAGAGGCAGUGAUACAACUAUGGUUAGCGUGCUCACUGCUUGUGGCCGGUCAGCUAGAGUAAGAGAGGGAAGAUCAGUUCAUGGGUGUCACAUUAGGAUAUUCUUGAGAUCAAGUAUUGUUAUUGAUACAGCUUUGAUAGAUAUGUAUAGCAGGUGCCAGAGGGUGGACAUGGCAUGUAGAGUCUUUGAAAGAAUGGCAAAUAAGAAUUUGGUUUCCUGGAAUGCAAUGGUCAUGGGCCAUUGCCUUCAUGGAAAUCCAGAAGAUGGGCUUCUCCUAUUCGGUGAAAUGUUGGGUAGACCAAGGUCAAAACAUAAAGAAACCAACCUUUAUAAGAGUUCAAGGUGUGGCGAAGGGAAAGAAGGAAUAAUCCCAGAUGAAAUAACCUUCAUUGGGGUUCUCUGCGCCUGUGCUCGCUCUGGGCUUUUAGCAGAGGGCAGAGCUUAUUUCGGCCAAAUGAUAGACAUAUUCAAUAUAAAGCCCAAUUUUGCACAUAAUUGGUGUAUGGCAAAUCUCUAUGCCAGCGUGGGGCUUGUCCAAGAGGCUGAGGAAAUCUUAAGGAAUAUGCCAGAAGAUGAUAAGUCAUCAGAAUCCCUGUUUUGGGCUAAUUUGUUUGGUUCCUGUCGUUUCCUAGGAGAUGUAUCUUUAGGAGAAAAAAUUGCAAAAUCGCUAAUCGAAAUGGAACCGCAUAAGUCCUUAUCUUAUCAACUAUUGUUGAAUGUCUAUGCCGUGGCAGGUCGAUGGGAGGAUGUUGCUCAGGUAAAAGACAUGAUGAAGGAUCGAAAGGUUGGAAGGCUGCCCGGAUGUAAUCUUAAAGACUUGAAAGAAAUAGUUCACGAGUUGAAAGUGAGUGAUUACUGGCGCGAAGGGAUGGAUGAGGUGAGCAUGAUGAUGGGUGCAUUGGCUAAAAAGUCAAGCUUGUCGAGUCCCAAUUCAAAACAGCCACAUCUAAAUGACACAAACUUCAAUUUAGCAUCAGAAGCAAGUGAAGACUGCAGAAAAUGAUUUCUCACUGGAUACGGUUUGUUCACACAUCAUAUAAGUGGUGGUUUUAAAUAGAGUGGAUUGACAGAACAGGAUGCUGGCAUACUCCCUCCAAAAUGGGAAGGAUAAUGCUUGCCCGAUGAGGGUGAUUUGAUGACAAUUAAUU